AUGUUCUCGUGCAUCCUUUGCGAUGCGCCGACGAGGAUUUGCACUCACGCAGACUUAUCAGCUGCCAGCGAGUAUCAAAUUGUCGACCAUACAGAGUCGGAUACGAGAGUUGCCGAUGAUUGUUCGGUCGGACAAGACGAUGAUGCACAGGCGAUUGACCUCCAACAAAAUGAUGAACUUGUUAGAAUCAAGCAGGAGGAGAAUUUCAAGUUGUCAUACGAGUCAGCAGUUUCAGCGCAAGAGGGAAAUGACAGACACCCUUAUGAUGACGGGGACGCAGUAGCACACGAGGUGACUUUGGAGACUGUUAAAGUUGUCAUGGAUGAUGAGGGGACCAACCAGCCGGUGGCUGUGAUGGCCCGAGCGCCUCGA